AUGGGCGACCUUGAACCUCUAGAAAGAGAUGUGGAAAUGGCGGAGUCGCAACCAAUGAUUGGGGAAGAGACACCCAAUCAUAAGAACGAAGGGAAAAGAAAGAAGUCUCGAGCCAGUCAAAUCCUCGAUAUUGCUUGCAUUGGUUUGAAUAUCAUUAGUACAGUCGUUCUCGUCUUUCUGAAUAAAUGGAUAUUCAAAGAUCCUCAAUUGCGCAACAUGCAAAUAUCCUUCGCAAUGUGGCAUUUUACCUGCACAACCAUAGUAUUAUGGUUAGCUAGUCGUUCUCCUUUCAAUCUUUUCGUCCCUAUACGAUUGCCAUUUCUCCAAAUGCUCCCAUUAUGUUGCUUCUUCGCUGGCUUUCUCAUACUUGGAAAUUUGAGCUUGGCAUUCAACUCUGUGGGAUUCUACCAACUUGCAAAAAUAAUGACCACUCCCUGCGUCGCCCUCCUUCAAUACUUUUUCCUCUCCAAAUCCGUCUCUCCCCAGACCAUCCUCGCCCUCGCUAGCGUUUGCAUCGGUGUAGCUCUAACUAACACCGGAGCCUCUGGAACUUCCAAACUCGGCGCUUCAAUCGCCAUUGCUGCAUUUGUAGUAACAGCCUUUUACCAAGUCUGGAUCGGCAAGAAACUCACCGAUUUCAAAGCCUCAUCUCCCCAACUUUUGCUCAAUCAAGCUCCAAUAUCAGUUUUGAUUCUAGCGUUUCUAGUGCCCUUUUUCGACACAAAACCAGAUGUGUCGAUCAUUCCGACAGAUACACUUGUUGCCUUAGCUUUAAGUGGAUUAGCAGCUGCAUUAUUGAAUUUAAGUCAAUUUUUAAUCAUAGGAAGAAUGUCAGCAUUGACAUUCAACGUCGCUUCCAAUGUAAAAACAAUUAUAAUUCUCACCUACGGCUGGGUAAGCGAAGGCCGCUCUCUCACAGUCAAAGAUUCCGUAGGUAUAUUAUUAGCUCUAGGUGGUGCAACAGUCUAUAGCCAGCUUUCACAGCGGUAA